GGAAUAAAAAAAGCAAAUCUCUAAAAUGUAUUAAAUACAAAAAAUACUAGGUGAAGUAGUCGUCAAUAAGUUAGUUUCAUUCAAACCUUCAACAGAAUCGGAUGCUAAGACUCAACGCUCAUAGAAUAAUACAAAGUUUGUUAAAUCUUAAGUUUAUUUUAUGUGUAAAUUGCUUGCAAAUAUUUGAGUAGUAAAAUAUCCGAGAUAAAUUUAAUACAAAAGAAAUAAUUAGCUGAGAGUUAGUUCCAUGCUUUUAAAGAUUUAAAGUUUUUGAAACAAAAAGAUUAAAAAUUAUCUGAUCAGUUAUUUGUAUGUGAAGUGUAAAAAAACGCUAUUUGCAAUCGAUAUCAAGGCAAUCAGCUAAAGGAAAGAGUCGAGAGAUAAAACGGAGAAAAAUAAACAUUAAUCAUUUUUGGAAACUGUGAUAGCAAGCUCGAUCAGUGAUCCAGAAAUGGACAACUUCACAGAUUACGAUGGGGUGCUUUCGUUCCCUAGAAAUUUUGUUAAAAUGGCUGUGGAAGAGUAUAACUCACCGCAACAGAAUUGGACAGAUCUUAUAAUCAGAUAUUGGACAGUAAUAGAUGAAAAAUUAGGAGAUAGAAGAGUAAAGCAUUUUCCUCUAAUGGACACACCAAUACCGACAGUAGCAUUCAUCCUUCUUUACUUAUCAUGGGUUGUCGUUAUUGGUCCAUUAUAUAUGCGUGAUAGAAAAGCACAUAGUCUGAGAAAUACGCUUAUUUAUUACAACGCUUUUCAAGUUCUUCUUAGUGCCUACAUGUUUUACGAGCAUCUAAUGUCCGGGUGGAUGAAAGGAUAUAGUUUUACAUGUGAAACGGUUGAUUAUUCUGAUGGUCCACAGUCAAGACGGAUGUUCAAUUUGUGCUAUGUCUACUACUUAUCCAAAUUAACUGAAUUUGCCGAUACUGUGUUCUUUGUGCUGCGAAAGAAGAAAAAUCAAAUCAGCUGGCUUCAUUUGUACCAUCAUGCAUUGACACCGAUAGAAGCAUGGAUGUUAGUCAAGUUCAUUUCAGGUGGAAAUGCAACAUUUCCGAAUAUUCUCAACAACUUUGUACAUAUUUUAAUGUACUUUUACUACUUGUUGGCAGCUUUGGGACCACAAUACCAAAAAUAUUUGUGGUGGAAACGGUACAUGACAGAACUUCAAAUUGCACAAUUUGUACUUUGCAUAUUUCACAACAUUCGAGCUCUUUAUACUGGCUGCGCAUUCCCACCUUUCGUCUCGUCGCUUCUACUCAUCAAUUCACUUAUUUUCUUCUCACUCUUCAUGAAUUUCUACAUUCAAAAUUUCUAUAAAAAGAAGACUGUGGCAGCAAAAAAAGUUGAUUAAAGCUUUAAUGAAUUUAGUUAAAACAAAAUUUGCCUUUCAUAGAUGACCUUGCAGGGUCUUAAAAUUGAUUGGAAAGUUUUUGUUCACCAUCGCGAAGAAAGCUUCAACUAAUUAACGUUCAAAAGAUUGGUGUUUUAUGACCCUAAGUGCCAAACUGUUAUUGAAUUUUUAUGUAUUGCUAUUAUCUAAACAUUGACUCAUCAUUAAGAAGCUUUUUCUUGCCUAAAUAUUCUAGUGGAAUUAUUUUAAACAACAAAAUCAUAUGAUUCUAAUCUAUAUUAGUAAUGCAAGCUUAAGAAAUUUAUUUGCUUAAAAUCCAAAAACAAAUGGCUUUUAAACUUUACGAAAACCACUAACAAGUUUGAACAAAUUUAAUAAUAUUUAUAAAUUUUGAAUUCUGAAACCAGGAAAACCAUUAAUUUAAUUUUGAAACCAAUUGUAUAAAAAAGUUAAUAAUAAUCGGUUCAUAAAGCAAUGACCCUUAGUAAUGGAUUUCAUUUUUUUAUUGCUCUUGCUACGCUUUAUGCCUUAAUUACAUAUGUAAAUUGAUUCUUUUACUCAAAAAAUUGACUAAAUAUUUUAGAUUUAAUAAUAUUUUAAUCACCAAAGUUUUUCAAAUUUAAUUUUCUUUUGUAUUAUAUCAAAUUUGAAACUUUUUAUAAGCAAAAUAUUAAGUUAAGCUUUUAUUCUUGAUUUUAAAAUUUCAGUUCAUGUUGUCAAGUAUUUUAACUUCAAAUAAGUUAUUUCUUAUGGUUAGAAUAAUUUAAGAUAAGAAUCAUUUAGAGAUUUUCUAUACAUACCUAACAGUUUAAAGUGCAAUUAUAAAAAUUUUCUUAUUUAAUAUUCUUUCAAGAAGCUUGUCCAGUUAAAUUACAUAAAGUAAUCAUAUUUACAUGUUAUCAUAAAGUGGAAACUUUCCUCUGAAAGCAAAAAGAAUGUAAAUAAAUAUUUUAUUUUUAUAAAAAUUCAAAAGAUUUUCAAUCACUGAUGAUGGAAAUGCUUCGACCUGAAAAGAAGGAAAACUUUUUUUUAUUAAAACCUCAGCAAAAGAUUUUCGGAGAAUUUUCAUAGAAUAAUAUCAUUUAUUGUUAUAUACUAACUAGUUGAAUAUAGAAACAUUUACAAUAUAAAGAUUUGACAUUCUAAUUCAAGUUUGGUUUAUGAAAAAAUCUAUAAAAGCUCUCAUUUUAUUAAGUUUCAUUAUAUUAUGAAAAAUAUAAAUGUAGAUCCUAUUACACAUUCUUCUUUGGAAUAAUGAUAAAAUAUAGCUUCCUUUCUUUACUAACAUUCUAUCUAUGUAAAAGAUUAAAUUUUCAAGAACUUCAAAGAGCGAAAAAGUAUUUUUUGGUAUUUAAUUUUAGAAAGACUUUUCAAAAGGAAAUCUCGAUUUGUAUCAAUCUUUGUAUUUCUUUUGUUCAAUUUCACUAAAUUGAAGAAAGGAAAAUCGAAAUAAUAGCUGGAAUAGUGAAACUUGUCGCAUUCAUUCAGUAUCAAAUUAUUUAUAUGCCUUAAUUACAUUCUCUAUCUCACGUAUAUCUGGUAUGAUGAGAGUCUUACAAUGAAAGGAAAUUUCUUUGCAUAAAUAAAAAAAUAUGAAACUUUGAGAAUAAUAUCUCAAUAAUUGGUGAGUAUGAAAAUGAACAAAAGCCUUCAAUUCAAGACUUGUGCAAAAGUUAGAACGUCUUAGCAGAAAGAUUAGAUUUAAAAUGUUAUAAAAGAAAUUACUUUUUAUACAUUGGCGUAGCCAUUGCAAUUUGGUUGCAUUGAUAACGAUGCUUUAUUAUUUUCUAUAUUCUAUGUACCUGCUUUACUAUUAUUUGUUUUCUCACUACAUCGUGACAUAACAUUUAGAUCUUUGCAUAAAUCACGUAGAUUUUAUUUGUCACAUUUAUAAAUAUUUUUUCAAGUAUGAUGUUUAUCGAAAAUAUUUAUUUAUUUAUAAUCUUUGAUUUCCGAAACAUUGAAAUUUUUGACUGGAUAAAAAAUAAAAGAAAGAUUUCGUUUUGAAGAAUUGAAGAAAGAUUAUCUCAUGAUUAAGAAUGGAAGACGCUAAAUCUUUAUGUAAAUAUUUUCUUUUAAUUAUUUCUUUCAUGAUAUCUGUCAUAGUUUUGUGAGAAUAUUCAAGAUUUAUUAAAUUUGGAAACAAUAAAAUUGAACAGUUUUUGUUUGUUUAUUUUAGAAUAAAAUCUUUAAAAACUUAGAUAAUUUCAUAUGUUGUCGAGUUACCGAGAUUCUUAUUUCAUAUGAAUAUCUAUUGUAUAACUUUUCAUAGGAUCAUCAUUUGGCUGAUUUUCUAAAAUAUUCAAAUCUGAUAAUUUCUUGAAGUUCAUGGGACUCUAUCUACUUAGCUAGAACAACUUGUAAAUAUAUGAAUUUCAGAUUGAUUUUAUUAAUUAUUAUUUCUCUUUUUCCAAAUCAUUUACAGAUAAGUAACGUCUAAAACUUUACAGUUUUAUGAUUUCUAUUAAUGAUUGUUCUUCUCAAAGUUUCACAGAACUUUUUUUAUUUUCAAUUACUUCAUGGUUGAUUAAUCGCGAUUUCGAAACUCAGAAUUUCAUUUAUUACUUAAAAUUAUUUAUUUCUUUUGUUUUGCAUAAUCAUAUAUUCGAUGAUUGUUCACCUUUCACUACAAAAAUCUAACUACAAAAAUACAUCAUAUAUGCAUUCGUAAUGUUUUCAAAACUUUUUUAUUUUUUUGAUGUCUCAAAGAAACAAGAAUG